AUAUAUAUAUACAUAUGGUGAAUAUGUGAUGAUUUUAAAAUAAUAUUUUUAAUAUAUAUAUAUAUGUGUUAUAUAAUAUAAUAUAUAUAUAUAUAAUAACAUAUAAUGCGAUUGCCAAAGAUUUCACUUAAAAGAUGUUUCUUCCUAACAUUAGUAUUUGCGUUACUAUUGUUAUUCGGAUUUAAUUUAAGGGAUCGAGAACCAAAAUCAACGCAAAAAGUUCCACAAUUAUCACCAUUACAGCAAUCAUUAGAAAGUAAAGCAGAACGUGAAUUAAAAACUCAACCACAACAAAUUACAACAGCCAUAUUUGACACAUUUAAAGAAAAUAAUAAUGAAAUAAAUGUGAAUUAUAAUAAAAAUAAUAAUAAUAUUAAAAAUAUUGAUAUAAAAUCACAAAAUAAAAAUUCAAAUUUAAUAUUCUCAUCAAAUAGUUAUGAUGAAAUUAAAAUAUCAGAUCCAGAUAUACCAAGAUCAAGAGCAUGGUAUUUUCAAGGUGGUGAAAAAUAUCCACCACCAGUACGACGUAAAAAUAAUACAAAAAGAAAAGUUACAAGACUGUUUCCACCAGAUGAUCCCAAUAGUGACCGAAUUAAAGCACAGUUGAUGUUUGUACCACAUAAUUAUGAACAAAUUAAAGAUGAAGGACGUUUAAAAACUAUAUUAUUAUAUAAUGGUCUUGCACCAUGGAAUGUUAAAAAAGGUCAGGAUGUUUUCAUAAGUUCUAGAUGCCCAGUAGAUACAUGUCAACUAACAUCGAAUCGAGAAAAAGCAGUAUCAGCUGAUAUGAUUUUAUAUAAAGAUCAUUAUAUUGCCACCGGAACACAUCGUCCAAGUAAACAAGUUUAUAUGCUAUAUUUUUUGGAAUGUCCCUAUCAUACUGAACAUGUAAGAGUUCCAGAUGCUUUUAAUUGGACUUCUACUUACAGAAAAGACAGUGAUAUUGUUGCACCAUAUGAAAAAUGGGAAUAUUAUAAUGAUGCUGUUAAACAAAUGAAACAGGAAAGAAAUUAUGCAUUAAAUAAAACUAAAAAAGUUGCAUGGUUUGUAUCGAAUUGUGGUGCCCGAAAUGGUAGAUUAGCAUACGCACAUGAACUUCAAAAAUAUAUUGAUGUUGAUAUUUAUGGUUCAUGUGGCUCAUAUAAAUGUUCAAGAAAUACAGCUGAUAAAUGUUUUGAAAUAUUAGAUCGUGAUUAUAAAUUUUAUUUAGCAUUUGAAAAUUCAAAUUGUAAAGAUUAUAUAACUGAAAAAUUUUUUGUAAAUGCAUUAAAUCGUAAUAUAUUACCGAUUGUUAUGGGUGCUAGACCAGAAGAUUAUGAAAAGAGUGCACCAUAUAAAUCAUAUAUACAUAUUGAUGAAUUUGCUUCACCAAAAGAAUUAGCCGAUUAUUUGCAUAUCCUUGAUAAAAAUGAUAAUUUAUAUAAUUCAUAUUUUAAAUGGAAAGGUACUGGUGAAUUUAUAAAUACAUAUUUUUGGUGUAGAGUAUGUGCAGCAUUACAUGAUGAGGAUUCAUUAAAAAAGCCUAGAUGGUAUCAUGAUGUUAAUGAAUGGUGGAGAGGACCAGGUGUAUGUACAACUGGUUCAUGGAGAAGUUUCAAAGCAAGAAAAGAUGUUAUCAGUGAUGAUAAAUAAUUCUUUUUUUUUUUUUAUUAUUUAAAUGUAAUGAAAAUUAAAUUAAAUGUAAAAGAAAAUCAAAUAAUAAUUCUUUGAUAAACGAUUGAAUGAAUUUUAUAUAUGUAAAAUGAUUGAGAAAGAAAAUAAUGAAAAGAAAUCUAAUAAUUCAUUUUUAUAAUUAAUCUAUGUAUUUUUACAUAAAUAUUAUUAUUAUCUUCAAACAUUCCAAAAUUGAAUGUCAUUUUUUAUAAAAAAUUCAAUUUUUUAUCAAAGAAUAUUAUACAAU